UUUUUAGAUUAUAGGAUUAUUUCCUACUGUAUGUAUAUGAGUAUAUAUAAAAAUGUCACUUAGUAGAAUGAAAGGAAGAACUUCGUCGGAAGUGUGUGCUGAUUGCAAUGCACUAACUCCGGAAUGGGCAUCUAUAAAUCGGGGUGUUUUGAUAUGUGACGAAUGCUGCAGUGUGCAUAGAAGCCUGGGAAGACAUAUUUCUCAAGUUCGUCAUCUUAGAUUAGCUCCAUGGAAUCCAUCUCUUCUUGCAAUGACACAGAAUCUAGUCAGUAAUGGUGCAAAUUUAAUAUGGGAGCAUUCAUUAUCUGAUUCCAACCAAAACAGAGGUGGAACAAGAAAGCCAAGUCCAAAGGACCCUGUUCAUCCUAUCAAAUCAAAUUUUAUCAAAGCUAAAUACCAAAUGUUAGCAUUCGUUCACCGUUUACCUACUACUGAUGAUAAAUUAGAUCGAUCAAUUAUAGAUUUAAGCAAGCAAUUGUAUUCGUCGGUGCGCACUGGUAAUCUUGAAACAUCCCUACGCUUAAUAUCUCUUGGUGCACAGCCCAACUACUUCCAAUCGGAGAAAGGCAAUACUCCACUUCAUGUAGCUGCUCAGGCUGGUCAAGCAACACAGUGUGAACUCCUUGUCUGUCAUGGUGCAGAUCCAAGUGCUUUAGACUUGUCAGAAAAGACAGCUGCAAAUGUGGCUAUAGAAAAUGGCCACAAUGAUUUAGGUUUCCGACUCAUUGAAUUGAUGUAUGAGUUAACGGAUCGAUUAACGUUUUACUUAUGUGGUAGACGACCAGAUCAUAAAAAUGGGAUAAAUUAUUUGAUACCAGCACUGCAGGAUAGGGGUAUUGGUGAAUCAUCACCAGCCAAAGAAGCUCGGUGCAAACUUCAGUCACUCAAUAAUCGCCUUUUUGAAGAAUUGUGCUCUGAUGUUUAUGAUGAAGUUGAUCGUCGAGAAAAUGAUGCAGUUUGGCUUGCAACUCAGCAUCAUCGAAAAUUAGUUAGCGACCAUACAGCUGUCCCAUUUCUUCCAGUUAAUCCUGAUUUUACCUCUACCAGAAAUCAGGGCCGCCAAAAACUUGCACGUUUCAAUGCUUUGGAGUUUGCAACUCUUAUAGUUGAUAUUUUACAUGAUGCAAAAAGGAGAGAAGGUCUUAACAUACAAAACCAAUCUGCAGGUGUUGUAGAGCAAUUAAAAAGAAAUGGAGGAGAGCAAUUAAAAAGAGAUGAUCUGGAACCUGAUUAUGAUGAUGUAGCAGACGAUGAUGAAGCUGAUGUAGUGAGUCUUGAUAGCAUUGCUGGAAGACGUUUGCUGGGUAAACCACUUGCUUGUGGAAUAAAAACUCUAAUCGAUAUUCAGGAGGAGUAUGAUUAUGACGUACCAGUGGAUUGUUAUGACAGGUUUAAGCCGACUGAUGCAUCAGAAAGGGAUGCUGGUUCGGAACCAAAGGGAAAGGUUCAUGAUUUACAGGAGCAGAAUCACAGUCUUGGUCAAGAAGUAAAUCUUCUAAGAUCAAUGGUUCAGAAACUGAUGCAGGAGAAUGCAGCACUUCGUGCCCAGGUCGCGCAAGUGUUGCUAGAACGCGAUGAUUUAGAACGAAGAUUGGAAGUGAGCACAACGCAACAAUAUGAUCGACCUAAAAACAACCAACUCAGCGAUAUUCCACAGGUCAAACUUCCCGAGUCGUACGACAAAUCUAAUGUUUCAAUGACGUCAUUUGAGCGUAUGGACGGUACCACAGACCCGUCAUUGCCGCGUUAUCGGUCAAAAGCUAAUUACGAUAACGUUCCGUCAACAACAGGUGGUGAGCUGGAACAACCAGAAUCGUCUGAAGAAUCGGCCGCCUAUCGUACGGAAGACGAUGUCGAGUUUGCAGCUGAAACAGGACCUUCGCAAGAUGAUAUUGUAAAUGCGACUGAACAAAUUACAAAGAAGAUACAAGAACUUCUGCAGGCUGCGCAAGUUGGGCAGAAUAACAAGUAUGUCAAUUGUUCCAGUAAUAUUUCUGCUGCAGUCAAUGACAUGGCUAAUCUUUUUCCCAAGCAUCCGAGCUCAGAAAGUGUCCGCAUGGCACUGCGGUUAAUGAUCACCAGUGCAGCCAGGUUACAAGUUGAAUGUCGAAGCAGUUCGUUAGAUCAAGCUAUGUUAACGCAACAGGUUAUUCAAUGUGCAUACGAUAUCGCAAAAGCAGCGAAACAUUUGGUAACGACCUACAAUAACUCGUUAUAAUUUGGAAAGAGAAUAUUUAAAUGAAGUGAUGUUGCUAUGCAAUGGUAGUAGAUGCGAUUACUAAAUCGAUUAAAUAUAGUGAAAUAGAGAAGAACAUUGAACAUAUAUAAAAAAGUUGCAGUAAUGGAGAGCAGCCUGUGUAAAAUAUUCCACUUCUCAACAAUGCGUACAGUUUUCUCGAGUUAAACGUUACGUAUUAAUUGCCACGUGACGUUUCCCAUUGGCCGAGCGAUAUGACGUGACGUUUGCCAUUGGCUGAGCUCUAUCACGUGACUUUCCAUUGAUUGAGUGAUGCGGUAGCCAAUGUAUCGCUAAUUUUUUCUAGCAUUUUAUCACGUUACAAUCUCACCACGUGACCAGCGCAAUUAUAAUUUCCCGACGCAAUUAACAUAUAGUAGCUUACAAAUAAUUUAUUAUUAGAUUUCGUUGUAUUUUGUUAUUGUUUAAUUAUAUGGAUUUUUUUAUAUUAAUUUUA